AUGUCUGACCUUCCGUUCCCCCAGCAGCCGCAAUUCCACACCACGGCCGACUACCGUGCGGCCGUCCUCACGUACCCUGGCAACUUCCGCCGGGCUCUGCAGGAGGCCCAGAAGGACCCUAAGAAGACCCUUCUCGGCGUGGCCCAGGGCAUUCCCAGUGUUUUCGUCACCAAGGUCAUGGCCUCGGCCAAGCCCGACUUUAUCUGGAUGGAUGUAGAGCACGGCAUCUUUGACCGCUCGACUCUCUACGAUGCCAUCCAUGCCGCGCAGCACCACUCUGAGGGCAAGACCAUGGUCGUUGUCCGUGUUCCCAAGCACGACGAGGUCAGCCUGUCGACCGCGCUUGAUGCUGGUGCCUCGGGUAUCGUCAUCCCCCACACCGACUCCGCGCAGGACGUUCUCGACAAAGUCAAGGAUGUGUUUUACCCUCCCAAGGGCCAGCGCUCUUUCAGCCCCUGGACCUUUACCCCUGGCAUCUCCAACCAGUCCUUGUAUGCCAACGACGAGUGGAACAUGAAGAGCUCCAACAACCACGUUUGCCUGAUCGCCCAGAUUGAGAGCGUUGAGGGUCUCAAGAACCUUGAGGAGAUUGCCGCCCUUCCUGAGGUUGACGGCCUCAUGUUCGGCCCCGGCGACUACAGCGCCGACGCCGGGAUCAACUUCAGCCUUGCCGCGCCACCACCGCAGGAGUUCAUUGACGCCAUGACUCGCUUUGUGACGAUCGCGCACAAGUACAACAAGCCGCUGUUCGGUGGUGCGCAAGGCCCUGCCAUGAUCCCCAUCCUGCUCCAGCAGGGCUACAAGGCCCUCGCUGUCACCUUCGACGUCUGGGGUGUGGCCAACAUGGUCAAGGACGGCAUGGGCGAGGCCCGCAAGGUCAUCCACAAGAUUGCGGAUGACGCUGCGGCGGCUGCUGCCGCUCCGGCGGAGGGCGAGAAGAAGGAGGUGGUUGACCUGAACGAGAAGGCGUAA